AUGCCUAUAGCAGAGGGGAUGUUUGUAUUGGAUACGGACGCGUCAGGGGAGGCCAUAGGGGCUGAGCUCAGCCAGAUUCAGGAUGGGGUUGAGAAACCUAUAGCUUAUGGAAGCCUUGGCCUGAAUAGAGACCAGAGGAAGUACUGCACUACACGGCGGGAGCUACUGGCGGUUGUGAGGUUCACUUGCAUGUACCGCCACUACCUCCUGGGAAGGAGAUUCAGGGUCAGGACAGACCACCAUAGUCUCAUUUGGCUGCUGAACUUCAAGUCCCCUCAGGAUCAGCUAGCCCGCUGGCUAGAGGAGCUUAGCCAGUACAAUAUGGAAAUACAGCACCGCCCAGGCCGGCAUAAUAUCAACGCUGAUGCUCUAUCCAGAUUGCCACACUCAUCUUGUGCCUCUGGCGCCGCUUUCGCUAUUCAUACCAGCGAUCUGCCCUGCGGAGAAGAGCCUUCGUCGGACGAGGAAAUUGACUUGGCUGAGGACUCGGCUAUCAACUUGGCCCAGUGCAAGCCUGGAGUCGUUCCGGAGGGCCACAGCCCUGAGGUUAGUGAGGCGGCAUGGAACUAUGUCUCCCGAGAAAUUCUCGGGCCACCAAGCCAGAUAGUGGACCUUGAGAGUGACAACACGGCAUCUGGUCCGUUCAGAACCCAGGUACGGCUGCUCACCAGUCCUCAGAUACCAGCUGUUGUUAGGACACUCACAGAUACUGGCAGUGGUUCCCUGUCCCUCGUAGGCAUGACCGCAGACGAGAUGAUGCAGAGCCAACAGCAGGAUGCGGACCUGAAGCUCUUUGGCCAGUGGCUGUCAACUGAUGGAGAGCCGGCGGAGGGAGAGCUGUUCCUAGCAAGCCCGACUUUGAAAAAUUGGAUUGAUAGGGAAUUUUUCAUGAAGGAUGAGGAACAAGUCCUUUGGAAGUUGGUGGGGGAGGGAGAGUCGAGGAGUCGGCUAUUGGUAGUCCCCCGGGAAUUGAGGGAGGAAGUUCUCAGGUUGUGCCACGACGUCCCUGCCUCAGGCCAUCAGGGAAUCAGCAGGACUAAAGCCCGUCUUAGGGAGCGCCUUUUCUGGUAUGACAUGAUGGGGGAAGUAGAGGGCUUUGUGAGCACUUGUGGGCCCUGUAGCAGGAACAAGCAUCCCCAGCGACACGCGCGAGCAGAGAUGAUAAAGUAUCAUGUCGGAGCUCCCAUGGAGAGAGUGCACUUGGACUUUCUGGGCCCACUGCCCAGGACUGACAGUGGCAACGAAUACGUGCUUGUUAUGGUGGAUCUAUUUACUAAGUGGGUCGAGUGUGUACCACUUCCCUCCCAGACAGCUGAAGUGACCGCCUCAGCAGCAGUGAACCAGUUCUUUGCCAGGUUUGGCUGCCCGUUCCAGGUAUUUACUGACCAAGGGCGCAACUUCGAGAGCAAGCUCUUUGCAGCAGUCUGUGAGCUCCUGAAAAUCCAUAAGGCACGGACAACCCCUUACCGACCCUCGGCCAAUGGCCAAGUAGAGCGGUACAAUCGGACGUUAAUGGAUGCUGUCAGGUGCUACAUAGACAAGGCUCAGAACAGCUGGGACAUACAUUUGGCACAGAUAGCAGGCGCCCUGAGAUCGUCUGUGAACCUUUAG